AUGGAGGAGAGUUUUCUGGAAUCCUUUGGGAGGCUCAGCCUCCAGCCCCAACAGCCCCGGCCGCCACCCCCGCGCCGGACCCCCCCGCGCCGCCACAGCUUCAGGAAACACCUCUACCUCCUGCGAGGCCUCCCGGGCUCCGGGAAAACCACGCUGGCCAGGCAGCUGCAGCACGACUUUCCCAGGGCCCUGAUUCUCAGCACAGAUGACUUUUUCUUCCGGGAAGAUGGCACCUACGAGUUCAACCCUGACUUCCUGGAGGAAGCUCACAAAUGGAACCAGAAAAGAGCCAGAAAAGCAAUGAGGAAUGGCAUAUCCCCCAUAAUUAUUGAUAAUACCAACCUCCACGCCUGGGAAAUGAAGCCCUAUGCCGUCAUGGCACUUGAGAAUAACUAUGAAGUUCUAUUCCGAGAACCUGACACUCGCUGGAAAUUCAACGUUGCCGAGUUAGCAAGAAGAAACGUCCACGGAGUCCCCAGAGAGAAGAUCCAGCGGAUGAAAGAGCGUUAUGAACAUGGCGUGACCUUUCACAGCGUGCUGCACGCCAAGAAGCCCAGCCGAGGGAGCAGCCAGGAUGCACACUGGCCCACCUGCGCCGAGGUCCCCCACCACAGGGCCCAGGGUGGUUUCGCCAACAACAGUGUCUUCAACAGAAGGGGUGGCUGCCACCCUGGGCACUAG